AUGUUCAGCGGAGGCAAGAGCUCUGGGCACCGCCGUGUGCCCUCGCCCAAGAUGAAAGAUGAUCACUUGGAGCCGCUAGACACAGAUUUUCCGGCACCAAAUUCGCUUUUUCCUCAGUACUCAAACCCUCAUCCCGGAUUCUCCAAUGCUACCCAUGCUAUCGAUGAAGAGACAGUCGAUUUUGUCACUAGCAGCGAUGGCAUUAUAUCGCCUCGUUACAGUCGAUCAACGAGAGUAAAUAGCCCCGAAGGGGACAAACAGAUCCCUCUACAUGUCCAAACAUUCGAGACCAUGUCGGAAGACGAAGAGGAGCCGCCCGUGAAACAUCCCAGCGAGUUUCCCUAUCUUAGCCCCCCGCAGUCUCGCAAAAAGCAGUUGAUGCCUAUGCACGGAGGAGCUCAAGAAACGAAGAAGAAUGCCACAACCGAGAAGCAAUCGUCAACGUUCGCCAAACACAAAAUUGGAAUCCUCGUUUGUCUCUUGUUGGGUCUUUUGGCUGCGCUCAUUGUGCUCAUUGUCCGUAGCACAAGCCCAACUCCAGCAGACAACAACGCAUACAUCGAGAAUACCAGUAGCGGCAGCAAUCUGGCUAACGAUAUUGCGCCUGACACGCAAGAGCCGGCAGCAAUCGAUUCAGCCGUGCCUAUGUCGUCCAACACCUCCUCGCCUAACGGUACUUCCUCCACCCUGAUCACUAACAACGAGCCACAAGAAGAACUCAACUUUCUACCACCUAUGAACCCUACAACUCCUCGUCCGACGCCAGUACCAUCUGUGGCACCAAUUGUCACGGCAGAACCAACCUUGUGGGAACCCAUCACUUCUCUUCCCAGCAUCCCCCCAAAGGUGUCGCCCACAACACGCGCUCCCACUAUUCAGGUCAACCAUCCUUUGAUUCGAGUCAUACAGCCAAUUGUCCCUCGUCAGAUUUUGUUAGAUCCAUACACACCUCAAGGAGAAGCCCUCAUCUGGAUGGCCACAACCGACCGACAAACUCCGUCUAAUAACAAUCGAAUAAUCCAGCGUUUUGUAAUGACGGUAAUGGAUGUAGCAUUACAUUCCCCCAGGCCUCGACUAUGGAGUUCUCGUAAUCUUCACGAAUGCCGCUGGCCAGGUGUGACAUGUAACGAUUCCAAGCAUGUCACGGGAGUCAACUGGGCCCGACAGAGUCUACAAGGUACAAUUCCAACGGAAAUUAGUCUCUUGACACAUCUAGAAAGUGUUGAUAUUGCUCAGAAUCAGCUAAAGGGUAGUAUAGAGCCAUUGUACUCACUGGAGAAGCUGAAGUAUGCCUAUGUGUUUGAAAACCAACUUACCGGUACCAUAUCACCAGACAUUCAGAACUGUCGAAACUUGACGCGCUUCUUCGCAGGACACAAUCAACUAUCUGGUUCUAUUCCAGCCGACUUGAAAAUGAGACCAUUGGAAUGGCUCGUCGUUCAUUGGAACAGACUUACCGGUACCAUACCUUCCGAUUUGAGCCUGGGCUUGAAUGUUUACCUUGACCUUUCACACAACCAGUUCACCGGAACAAUUCCAGAAAACUUUGCAACGGAAAUAGUACCCAAUGUUCGCCAUGUACAUCUCGAUCACAAUCAGUUUACUGGGUCCAUCCCAGGAACCUUCCGAGAAUUGGGCAAGGGACGUCUGCGGCAGCUCUUUCUAAACGACAAUAGAUUCAACGGCAAGUUUCCAGAAGACUGGCUGUUCCCCAAGUUCCUGAACAACAUUGAUCUGUCAAAUAAUCGAUUCCGGAACAAUCUGAACGAAAUGUGCCUCAUGUCGGUCUUUGAAUACGGCGAGUUGGUAGAACUGAGAGCUGAUUGUCCGAUCUGUAACUGUGACAGGCUAUGCAGAACAUGCAGAGACAACAAAGACUACAAAUACGAGUACGAUGAUGACGAUUGGCAGUUUGACGAUGAUGGUGCAUAA